AAUGGCAGCGCUCACACGCAAUACAUGCCUGUCUGCAAUAAAUCGAGCAAAAUUACAAAGGAUAUUGACUGGUAAAUCUACUUCAUUAUACUUAUCAACUCUAGAAAAAUGCUGUGCUCACGAGGUACGCUUUUAUUCAGCUCCACAGAAGAAGAAAAAAUACUUCUUUUCUCAAGUAAUCGAAAACAUAAAGGAAGAUUUAAAUCGAAAUCAAGAAAUGAAAGAAAACUUAAAAAAAUUUAGAGAAGAGGCUGAAAAAUUAGAGCAGUCAGAAGCGUUACAGAAAGCAAGGGAAAAAUAUAAACUUAUUGAAAAAGAAACUUCGAGAAGUUCUGAGCAAAUUAAAGAACAGCUGGAAUCUAUCAGAGGUAAAAUAAAAGAAGGUUUAGAAGAAGCUCAAAAAAGUGAAAUUGGAAAAAAAAGUCGAGAAUUAACUGAAGAAUUGACUAAAUCCGCUAAAAUAGCUGCAGAAGCUAUUGCAAAACAAAGUGAACAGCUUGGAAAGAGUACCCCCCUUCGAGCAGUAGCUGAAGGUGUCAAAACCGUGAAGGAACAAAUAGAAGAUGCUGAGCUACCUGGUGCUCGUAUUUAUCAGACCCCAGCUAAACUCCUUAAAAGAAGUGAGAGAUCUCAAAUAAAAGUUGAACAAAGAAUUAUUGAACCUAACAGUGAAGCAACUGGUAUUGAGUUACAUAAAGAUUCUAAAUGGUUCCAGAGCUGGCAAAACUUUAGGGAAAAUAAUCAAUAUGUCAAUAAAAUUUUUGAUUGGAAAAUGAAAUAUGAUGAAAGUGAUAAUGCUGUAGUAAGAGCUUCUCGUCUUCUGACUGACAAAGUUACUUAUUUAUUUGGUGGUCUGUUCCAAAAAUCAGAAAUUUCUGAAUGUAUGACUGAAAUUGUGAAAAUGGAUCCAUCAUUCGACAAAGAAAGUUUUAUCAAAGAGUGUGAAACUGAAAUCAUUCCAACUAUAUUAGAGGCAAUGUCACGAGGUGAUCUAGAGAUUUUGAAAGAUUGGUGCUAUGAAGGGCCAUACAGUAUCCUAUCUAAACCUAUCACAGAUGCACUGAACCAAGGAUAUCACAUUGAAUCGAAGAUAUUGGAUAUAAGUCAUGUUGAUGUUCCAAUGGCCCAAAUAAUGGAACAAGGCCCAGUUCUAAUCCUCAGUUUUCAAGCACAACAAAUUAUAGCUAUUAAAGAUGCCAAUGGAAAUGUGAUAGAUGGGGACCCGGACAAAGUAUUGAAGAUGCAACAUGUUUGGGCAUUGUGUCGAGAUCAAACUGAAUUAGAUCCUCAUGCUGCUUGGAAACUUUUAGACAUUCAAUUCAGUUAUUCUGAACAGGCGUUUUAAAUGUGUAAAUAAACCUUGCAUCCCUUGCAGAAAGUUGUUCCAUAGAGUUUUAUGCUGUCAUGUAAUAAAGCUGUAAAUAUUUUCAUAAAAAUAUGAGAUGUAAAAUCAAAAUGUAUAGCCAUUAAAUAUUUUCAUUUCA